UCCGCAGUUAUUUGCGACGUAGCUUCGCGCCAUUUAAUCAUGCAUGAGCCUCGACGACUCGUAUAUCUUUAGAAUAUUCCAAAGAAUAUUGUUGCAACGAUAAAACGCGUUAUUGUUAUAAAAACGCAUAAUAUAAUUUCGCGUAGAUUCGUCAGCAACCGACAGACGAAAAGCAUCCGAAGUGGGAAUAAAUCGCUCCUCCGUCCGACGGCAAAAAAUUUCCCUUAAAAUCAGUGGUUCGGAAGAUGUCCGGACUGAUCAGGAGAGGAUUGACGGCGACGGCGAUUCUGGCGAUCUUAUUGACGCCGGAUUCAAUUUCCGCCAAGAAAUACACCCGGCGUGAGUUGGCCAGAGGCCUUAUGAGCCUGGGAGUACCGAAGGACGACAUAGCCAUGUGGAUAUGCAUAGCGACCCACGAAUCGGGCCUCGAUUCCGACGCUAUAAACAGAUGCAACGACGACAGUUCCUGGGACCACGGCCUGUGGCAGAUAAACGACAAAUACUGGGUGGGAAGAAAUCGUCGCGGUGGCGCCUGCGGAUUUUCCGCGGCCGAAGUUCGCGGCGAUAAUUUGGCAAACGCCGUCCAGUGUGUAAGAUAUAUUCUUGACGAACACCGACGCCUUCAGGGCAACGGAUGGCUCGCUUGGUCCGUUUAUUCUCACCAGAGACACUGCAGGGGUGACUUGAGUUCUUACGUCGAAGGUUGUUUUUAAUAUGCAUUGAUACGAUUUCGCUUUCAUUUUCUUUUUUUUAUCGUCAACGGUAAUCGUAUGAAUUCCGUUCUAUGAUAUUUUAACUUUACAAUUUAGACGUUUAAUCAAUUUUUUGAUAUUUCUUUUUGUUUAACCUGCGUAACAUGUGUCGAAAACUUGUAGAAACCAAUAGACAACGGUAUUGUUUGAAAAGUGUUAUUUCAGAUUAAACGAGUUUAAUUCUACAAGGGUGGUAGAUGAGAGAAGAAAUGAUUGUCCAAAUGAAUAAAGUACACGCGCAACAGCGAUUCGUUGUGUAAAAUUGAUAUUUGGGUGAGUUUUCACGGCGGUGUCUGAUUAUCCGUUCCGUAGGAUAGCUAAUUAGGAACAGGAGGUGUAACACAAACGUUGCGAGAAACUUUGUCCUCAAUCUUAAGGACUGAAUUUGGUAUAUUAGAGGUACGAGACUUUUGUUUUUCAUUUUAGAUUUAUCUUUGUAGCGAUUAAUUAAAACUUACCAAGCUACCGAGACAUGUAAUAAAUGUUUAUUGAAAAUAAAGAAACUGAUCUAGAAUAUAGCAGAAAUUUGACAAUA